AUGAAUCAACAAGAUGAAUCUAAUGGUAGUAAAAUCACAUUUCUAAGAUUAAUACUUGAUGAGAAAUUAAAACAUCUUUUUGAACAAAUUGAAUAUAAAGCAAUCCCUAUUUUUGAAGCUUUAUAUCCAGACUGUAUAGCUAUGUUUGCUUUUGAUAAUAGUUCCAAUCAUGCUGCUUUUAGCAAAGAUGCUUUAGUUGCAAGCCGAAUGAACCUAAACCCAAGUGGUAAACAACCAGUUAUGCGGAAUACUUACUUUAGACCAAAUAACCAAUUACAAUCAAUAAUAUUUCCAAUAACAUAUUAUGAUGAGAAACUUAAUGGUAAACCUAAGGGAAUUAAACAAGUACCACCUGGAGCAUUAAUAUUAGACUGCAAAGAAUGCAAAGAAAAGAUUCAAGACAUUUCAAGAACUACCUGUUGUGCACGUUGA